GUUAUGUUGCCGCUAGGCUAGUGUUGAUCAUUGUAUUAACAACAAAUAUUUUUGUUAAAUCAUUUUUAAGUUUUAGUUCUUAUCUUAUAGGUGACUGGAUUUUUAAAAACACACAAAAAUGAUUGAGACCCAAGUACUUUCAACUUAUUACAAAGAAUUCAUCAGCGUUGCAUCUGAAAAUUCUAAUUUUAUUUUACCGGCACUUGCUGUCUUUUCCGUUGUAAUGCUGUUAAUAGGAAAAGUUUACUACAAAAUAAGGACAAGGUUUCCUAUCAAAGUUAAUUGCUGGUUUUGCAACUCAUACACCAGUGUCCCCUACAACAGUGCUAACUCUUGGUAUUGUCCACAUUGUGAUCAAUAUAAUGGAUUUUGUUCGGAUGGUAGCUAUAAUAGAGUUUUGACUGAACAGUUCAACGAGAAGUUUAAUUCUGGAUUAUGGUGCACAAAAUCAACUCAGAAGAUUCCUAAUGUUAAUAGUUUGUGUAGAUUUUGCAACUUAAACCUUGAGUUAAAGGUUAGACAACUUGCACAGUUUGUCCCCAUAAACCAAGCAAAUUAUGACGAGGAAAUUACUUUGUACAGUGACCAGUUAGAGAGGGUUUAUAGGCUUUGUACCCGAUGCCAGGGAGUUUUAGACAAAACUCUGAUGAAGAAACAAGAACUCUAUAUGAGUAAUCUACAGCAGCCAUUCAAACCAUUGGACCAGCCUCAGAUAAAUGCUAAACAUCGCCAUCCCCUGCACUCGGUAGCCAUUGCUACUUUGGCUGUGUGUUUAUUAUUGUCAACGUUACCUCACAGCUGGCUGGAUCAGCUGGUCAACACUUACCCAACAGCUGAUUACACAAGUCAGCUGAUCAAACAUCUCCAUACAGCUGUUCCACCUUACCUACUACCCAUGCUGGGAGUAGGGGUCCAGGUUUUAGACUGUGUUUUUAUGAGGGAUGCUAAUUCUGUGGUUAACUUGUUCCUGUGGAUUAUUCUUCUCAUGUUGCCAUACUCACCUUUGAAAAUCGACCACCUUGUUUCUGUUGUGCAGACACUAGCCAGCAUAGUUUUCUUGAUCACAUCGCUCAUUGAAAGCAGACCUGAAGCUACUCCCAAAAAACCAGCUCAGUUUCAAAAACUUAAUGAAAAGGUUGACAAGCCAAAGAAUCCUAAACUAAGUGAACCACUCCCCACGAAGGUUCCAUCUGCUGUUUCACAGCCUACUUCUCGUGUUGAACCGUUGCCCACCAAAGAGUCCACACCGGAGGAUCUUGGCUUUGGAAAAUUGAACGUCAGUCCUCGUCGAGUUACUAGAAGCCAGUCGAAACCUUUUCAGAUGAAGAACUACACUGCCAAACAGAAUGAGAUGUUUAGACCGAAACCUGUCAAUUUGACACCUCCGAAACUACAGUUGGACAAAUCUUUUGAAUUCCAAAUUCCGGUGACUCGAUGCUCCAGUCAGAGCUCAGGGUUUGUCUCUUUGUCUCACCAGAAAGACUUUGAUGACGAACAGGCUUCUAUUAAUGAAAACUUAGAGAGUGUGUCUCAAUGUGGAGCUGGUGCAAUGUCAAUGUAUCGCUCACAGUUCCAUUCCCCCGUUCCUUACCAGUUCAGUCCAUUUUCACAGUUCCCUCCCUAUGCGGUUAUGCACUUCACACCUCCACCUUUUGACAAAGUCUAUUCUUACGCCAACAUGCCGUUUUACGAGCCCUCAUUGAAUUUAUCAUCAUCGACAUUGACAUCGCAAAGAUCAAUACAACCUAGUUGGUUUCAGGCGGGGAUUAAUUCCCUUUUUCCCUUAUUAUGCGUGUUUUUAAUCACGAGUCACAUAGUUAUUUUAUGGAAAGUGUUUGGAGAAGAGUAUUUUAAAGUUACGUGAAUCUAGUAGUUAGUGACGUUUGAGAAUGUACAUGUACAAUUACCAUUAGUUUUGAAAAUGUAAUUUGUAAAACAUGUUAUUGGACUAUUGUCCAGUUGUGUAACAAAAAAUUGUUAAGUGUUAGUAUUACCUUUGACUAUUAAUACAAGAACACUUACAACUAUUGUAUAUAGUCUAAGGAAAACUUUGUAAUUUAGUGACUUUUCACUGCCCUUUACUGUAUUUGUGAAGAAAUUAUAAUAUUUUUAUAAAAUGUAAGGACACAGACAGUUAAGUUAGCAAUGUAUUUUGUUAAGUUUUAUUAUUGUUUAAUUUAUGAUUUUGAUUUGGUGACAUUUGUUUGAAUGUUUUAUUUUUUUCUUAGGUAAAAUAUUUAAGAAAGUUGUAUAAAAAACUUUAAACAUAAAUGUUGUAUCAUAGAAUCUCAUUGAAUGGGGUAUAAAUAAUAAUAAUUUGUAUAGAUUUUAAACAAGUAAGUUGUUAAGAAUAACAGUGUUUUUUUUUAUGUCUUAUAUUUUCUGUAUGUACAUCUCUUUA